GUCGUUUGGCUGUGAAAUAAUUUAUCUCAUAAUUUAUUAUUCCGAAAUUAGUUAUUCCGGAUUAGUUAUCCCACCCUCCCAUAAAUAAAAUAAAAGAAUACUACAAACGACACCUAAAAGGUUUUACCUCUCCGCAUCAGGUGCCCGUCAACUGCGCCGCCAGAGAAAGAUGAAAGACCUGAGGGCUAUCUUAGGGAAUAAUAGGAUUGAAGAUGUUAGAUGGCUUUGUUCCUUAACAGAGUCUGAGAUUGAUUUAUUGAUAGGUCUGAAAGUGUUGAUACAGCAACGUGCCAAAAAGAUUGGUCAUGAGUCUUUAGCAAACAAGUUUGAUUUGAAGACCCUCCGAGCCCUUAGUUUCAUUUUGAUGGAGAAACUUAAAGAUCUCUCCUGUAUACCUGGUACAGACGAGUCCUCAGCAAAUUUAGGUGCAUGUAAUCUGUUGAAUUAUGAUCUAGACAAGACUUUUGCCAAUAUGGAGGUUGAACAACUGAGCUCCUACAUUUGCAGUGAUAAGAGGAAGAGAAUCAUCGAGAUGUUUUCUGAAGACACAUCUCCAAAUAGAAAGCAGAGAGCUAACAGUGAUAGCAGUAGAGAUUGAUAUAAGUAGAUUAUGAGUACUCUCCUAUGACCUAUCUAUCUUGCUUGAGAAAGCCUGCUGUAUGUAUAAUCAAAUUUUGAUGUGUGCUUCUUGAAGGGGGGUGGGGGGUACUUAUUUCCAUUUUUCCUGUCAUUUUUGAGCUGUUAAAGAUAGAUUUACUUUUGUAAUUUUAGUAUAAGAAAGUUGGUUUGGAGAAGAACAAAGGGGAUUUUCAUUUGUUUGCUUGAGGUUAACAUUAUUCUUCGACUUGAUAAAUCAACUUCGGUGAAGCCUACCUCUUUUUUUUUCUCU